AUUGUUUUGGGGGUAAUAUAUAUGGAAGUACCAAGCGCAGGAUCGAGGAAGAGUGUGAAUCCACUGAGUGUUCAUUAGGUCUGAGUGGUUUGCCUAAGUUUAGCUACUAACAAAAUUAGGUUCCUCCUGUAUUUCUGUCUCCUUACAAAAAAAGUCGAGUCAGAGACCCAUCGAUGCCGUGAAAGUCCUGAAUGUGAAUAAUCCACAUGAUGAAUAACUGGCAUGCAGUCAAGCAGGGGUUAAUUAGGAGACAAUGUGGUCUUGCCUCUGACAUAGACAGCUGUGUGAUCUUGGAUAAGGGGUAUUUACCCUGGACUUUCAGUUUCCUUGUUUGUGAAAUAAGAAAAUUAGACAAAACCAUUUUAACUGCGAUUCGUUCCAGCUCCUGGGGUUACAUAUGUUCGCUCCAUGCCAGUACUCAGGUCAGUGAAGUUUGCGGCUGGCGAGGUGUUUCCCAGUCUGGCAUUGUCACUGUCUUGUUUAUACUGAGUUACACUGUGUGCUUCCUUAUUUUUCUAGUGGCAUGCAGUGACGCUGAAGGGAAAAACAAGUGUGAAACAUAGGAAAGAAAUAACUACUAAUGAUUCCUUCACUGACAAACCAUAACCAAUCUGGUCAUGCUGGUCAGAGUAAUGAUUUUUCUAAAGGGAGUACCUUUGUAGUACCCUCAGUUUUGUAGUGUUCCUGUCAAAUGGCUAGAAAGGCAUGCAGAGACCUUUGGGGGGUCAGUUGGGGUUAAAGCACUAGCAUUCCACAUCUGCUCAUGGAACAGCCAGGUGGAUGAAUGAUUAACUCAGUGAGUAAAUUGUUCAGUGGGUGGGAUUGAGAGUCUGGGUAGACAUGUGGUCUGGGGUGGAGAGGGUGCACGCCAAGAGCAGAGGAGAAAGUUGAAAACAGGAUUGGUUUUCAAACCGUAACCAGAGAAAUAUAUGUAUGUAUAAAUAUUUAUAAACACACACACACAUGAGUUGAGUUGACUUGUUUUAUGAUAAUUGUACCUGCAAAUUCUCUGUUACCAGAUUGAGAAUAUUUUUCUAUUUCAGACACACACGUACGUACCAGUACAGACACAUAUGUUUUAGUGAUAUGCACAUUUAAAUCAGCACUCACAAAUAGAUUCAGUCGGAAAAUCUCUGAAAAAGUCUUGUAUAGGAAGAGAAUAAAUGCAGGAAGGAGGGGGCGCAAGUUCACCCCCUUGGGGUUGGUUUGGUGCUGUUUGAUUUCUGGAGGGGCUGAGGCAGCCAGCUCUCAAGAAGCUGCACGGACAAGGGCAGAGAAGUCAAUACCAAGUCAGACGAAGAAGAAAGGGGUUCACAGGCUGUGUGGCAUUCUCCCUCCUCCCCUCAUACUGUUGUGACUGCACCUGCUGCAUGUGACCAGCGGGCACUGAAGGCGGUCGCAGCCACGGUGACGGAGGCAGCCAAGGCUGUGCCAGCUCCCGCCCAGCCCUCAUUCAGAAAAGGGGAGACGGAGCAGGAGGAGGGGGAGGAGAGGCUCCCUGCAGAGCUGCCUCCACCACGGAUCCGGAUCCGAGGAGGCUGCUUGGAAUGGGCACUCAACUGUCCUGACGUGGCGAUUCCCUCGGGAGCCCUGGGAGUUUGAAGACAGACGGGAAAAGGGAGAAGCCUGCAGAGAGCAUCAAAGGAUGAGGGGUGCUGUAAAAGGAACAGGGGAAUCCUUUGAAAAGAACCUAUCAUGCACUGAAAUGCUUUCUGGAGAAGGUGCCAUUAUUUGCUUACCCUUUCGCUCAGAUGAAAGGAGCCAGCAAGGACCGUCCUGAAGUAUUCCUCAGGGGCCUUUUUGUCAUUGUUCCUUUUAUUCCCCUUGCACACGACUAUUUGCUGACCUUUCCAGAGGAAUCUCAGUCCCCUCAGUUCCAGCUGAGAAGACAGUUCUUAAUAAAAAAAACAAAAAAAAAACAAAAAACAAAAAACAAAAACAACAAAACAAAACAAAACAAAACAAUUCCUGGUGUUUGAAUGGAAGGUGCGGCUGGCUGCCGUUCUUUUUGCUGUGACAUUUUGGAAUGUCUGCAGAAACUUAAAGCAAAACACCCAAAUCUUAAAGCUCCUUGGAUUAGGCAAGAGAAAAGGAAGUUUUUGCCAAAAGAGAAGUAAAUGAGAGGUGGUAACUUAUCCCUGAUCUGGGACCUGGACGAUCAAAGCCUUCAAGUUCUAGGAAUCAGCACUUCAGCCCUAACAAAUAAACAUGAGAAGGAGUGGCCGUGGGGUAUCACACAGAGGCAGGUUUUAAAGGAAGCCUGGAACUGAUUCAGAACUUCGGGCCUGUAAUGAUGCCUGAAGACCGAAAUACUGGGGGACGCCCCUCAGGUGCCUUAGCGUCAACUCCGUUCAUUCCUAAAACUACAUACAGAAGAAUCAAACGAUGUUUUAGUUUUCGGAAAGGCAUUUUUGGACAGAAACUUGAAGACACUGUCCGUUAUGAGAAGAGAUAUGGGAACCGUCUGGCUCCAAUGUUGGUGGAGCAGUGUGUGGACUUUAUCCGACAAAGGGGGCUGAAGGAAGAGGGUCUGUUCCGACUGCCAGGCCAGGCUAACCUCGUUAAGGAGCUCCAGGAUGCCUUUGACUGUGGAGAGAAGCCAUCAUUUGACAGCAACACAGAUGUACACACAGUGGCAUCACUUCUUAAACUGUAUCUCCGAGAACUUCCAGAACCAGUUAUUCCUUAUGCAAAGUAUGAAGAUUUUUUGUCCUGUGCCAAACUGCUUAGCAAGGAAGAGGAAGCUGGCAUUAAGGAAUUAGCAAAGCAGGUGAAGAGUUUGCCUGUGGUCAAUUACAACCUCCUGAAGUAUAUUUGCAGGUUCUUGGAUGAAGUGCAAUCCUAUUCUGGAGUUAACAAAAUGAGUGUGCAGAACUUGGCCACUGUCUUUGGCCCUAAUAUCCUGCGCCCUAAAGUGGAAGAUCCUUUGACCAUCAUGGAGGGCACGGUGGUGGUCCAGCAGUUGAUGUCAAUGAUGAUUAGCAAACAUGAUCGCCUCUUCCCCAAAGAUGCAGAACUGCAAAGCAAACCCCAAGAUGGCACGGGCAAUAACAACAAUGAAACUCAGAAGAAAGCCACCAUGGGCCAGCUACAGAAUAAGGAGAACAAUAAUACCAAGGACAGUCCUGGUAGGCGGUGCUCUUGGGACAAGUCCGAGUCUCCCCAGAGAAGUGGUGUGGAUAAUGGAUCCCCCACAGCUCUACCAGGUAGUAAAACCAACAGCCCAAGGAACAGCGUUCACAAGCUGGACGUCUCUAGAAGCCCCCCUCUUAUGGUCAAAAAGAAUCCUGCCUUCAAUAAGGGCAGUGGGAUAGUCACCAAUGGGUCCUUCAGCAGCAGUAAUGCCGAAGGCCUGGAGAAAACCCAAACCACUCCCAAUGGGAGCUUACAGGCCAGAAGGACCUCUUCACUGAAGGGGUCUGGUACCAAAAUGGGCACCCACAGUGUCCAGAAUGGAACGGUGAGAAUGGGCAUCUUGAACCCCGACAUGCUUGGGAACCCCGUGAACGGUCGCAGCAUGAGCUGGCUGCCCAAUGGCUACGUGACCCUGAGGGAUAACAAGCAGAAAGAACAAGCAGGGGAGUCAGGCCAGCACAACAGACUCUCUACCUACGAUAACGUCCAUCAGCAGUUCUCCAUGAUGAACCUUGAUGACAAGCAGAGUGUCGACAGCGCCACCUGGUCCACUUCCUCCUGUGAAAUCUCCCUCCCGGAGAAUUCCAACUCCUGUCGCUCUUCCACCACCACCUGCCCAGAGCAAGACUUUUACGGGAGUAAUUUUGAGGACCCUGUUUUGGAUGGGCCCCCACAGGAUGACCUCUCCCACCCUGGGGACUAUGAAAACAAAAGUGACCGGAGGAGUGUGGGAGGUCGAAGCAGUCGUGCCACCAGCAGCAGCGACAACAGUGAGACGUUUGUGGGCAACAACACCAGCAACCACAGUGCCCUGCACAGUUUAGUGUCCAGCCUGAAACAGGAGAUGACCAAACAGAAGAUAGAGUAUGAGUCCAGGAUAAAGAGCUUAGAACAGCGAAACUUGACUUUGGAAACAGAAAUGAUGAGCCUCCAUGAUGAACUGGAUCAAGAAAGGAAAAAGUUCACAAUGAUAGAAAUCAAAAUGCGAAAUGCAGAGCGAGCAAAAGAAGAUGCAGAGAAAAGAAACGACAUGCUUCAGAAAGAAAUGGAGCAGUUUUUUUCCACUUUUGGGGAGCUGACAGUGGAACCCAGGAGAACCGAGAGAGGAAACACGAUAUGGAUCCAGUGAGCCCACUUUUUCCCGCUGUCUCCGAUGGAUCUGGGAAGGGCUCCGUGGUUCUGGUGGGAACAUUCUACGGGAUCAGGUGGCUGGUUCCUUGCUGUACAGUGCUCUAACUGGUGAAGGAAUAUCAUUUACAGACAUUACCCAUCCAUAUCUGCAAUGUGUACCAAAGUUCUAUCAUGCCCCAUAAUGCUACUGUCAAGUGUUACAACUGGAUUUGUGUAUAGAGAGUAGUUUUUAAAAAGUAAACUAAAAAUGAGAAGCAUAUCUCAAGAAUUAUUUUAUUGCAAGUCUUGUAUUUAAAAUGUUAAAUCAAUAUGUUGUUGCAAUUUAGCUUGCUUUCAAGCUUCACCCCUUGCACUUAACAUAAGCUAUUUUUGGCAUUGUGUUCUCAUCAGCUUAUUUUAUAGAUCAAUAUUUUUAUUUCCGCUCUUGCUGAGGAAAUGAAGAUGAGCAGAUAUAUAAAUAUAUAAAUAUAUAUCAGAUGAGUUAUUAAAAUCAAAAGAAUACUUUGUGGCUGUGCUGUUUGUGCCAAUAGACCUCGCCAUGACCAAAAAGAGAAAUGUAAUGGUUUUAUAAAAUACAAUAGAAUCACCAGAAACCUUUGA